GAUUACUCACUCUUAUCACUUGGUUCAUUGAUCGAUUAAUGCAUUGUUCGUCCACAAGUGGGUCACCUCACCAGUUGAGUGCAUGAUUACUGGGUGGCAGAGUGUAUGCCAAACCUUCAUCUUUAGAAAGAAGCCCGUGAAAUAACUAAUUAUUCAAUGUUACUUCAUGUUUCUGGCUAAGUGUCUCAUUGAAUGUGGCCCCAAUUGCUGCAGCUUUUGGUUUGCGCCAUGUUUGUAACAGUAAAUGGAGGCAUUGUUGAUCAGUGCAUUAUUGGAAGAAAUACUGUGAGAUUUUGGUUUGUGACUUAAUGGCUAAUGACACACAUGGUUCCUGAGGCUAGCCCAGUUAAGAACCACUUCUGUGUUAGUAUACAUCAACAACAUUCAUGUACACUAACGUCUGAUUCAGGGCGGAGUCCUUUGCGAUAAUGCUUUCAUCGGCAGCAUCACAGACUGGCUGCUCAACGAGUUCCCCGAGGGCGGGAGGAUCGGCUUCGACCCGUUCGUCUUCUCCCUCAAAACACAGGAGUACCUCAACGCCGACUUGGCCCCGGGGAACCUGAUGCUCACCUCCAUCCCCGACAACCUGGUGGACGGGCUCUGGACCGACAGACCCCCCGUCCCCCCCUACAACCUCACCCGUCUCCCGGACCACAUCAUAGGAAGAACUUGGCAGAUGAAGGUGGACGCCAUUCGGAUGGAGAUGAUGGCCAAUCCAUACAAGCCCACUGCUCUCUUGCUUUCUGCCCUGGACGAGACCGCCUGGCUGUUCAACCUGCGUGGGAACGACAUCCCACACAACCCCUUCUUCUACUCCUACACCCUGCUGACCAUGGAGGAGAUCUGGCUCUUUGUGCACACCGAGCGCGUGCCAGAGGACCUGCAGGCCUACCUGAACUCCUCGUGUGUGCAGAGCAUGUGUGUCCAGCUCAGGGAGUACGAUGCGGUGCGCCUGGACCUGGCGGCCUACGUGCUCUCACCCGGAGUAAAGGUCUGGGUGGGCACCGAGUACACCAACUACGCCCUGUACGAGGUCAUCGCCGCACAGGACAAGCUGGUGACCAGUUCGUAUUCUCCCGUGUUGACCGGUAAGGCUGUGAAAGACGAAAUGGAGCAACGCAUCUUGAGAAAUGCUCACGUGAGGGAUGCCGUGGCAGUCAUCCAGCUGCUAAUGUGGCUGGAGGCGGCCGUCCCCCGGGGCAAAGAGACGGAGCUCAGUGCCGCCCACUACGUCAAUGAGUGUCGCAGCAAGCAGAAAGACAGUCGAGGCCCCAGCUUCGAGACCAUCUCCGCCAGUGGCCCCAACGCGGCCCUCGCUCACUACAGCCCAACAAACGAGACCGAUAGAAAGCUCACCGUCGACGAAAUGUAUCUGAUUGACUCCGGGGGCCAGUAUCUCGACGGCACAACGGACAUUACCAGGACUGUCCAUUGGGGGACUCCCACGGCAAUGCAACGGGAGGCCUUCACUCGGGUUCUCAUGGGAAACAUCGAAAUAUCUCGAACCAUCUUCCCCUCGAGAACAAAGGGCGUAAACAUGGAGAUGCUGGCCCGCCGUGCAUUGUGGGAGGUGGGCCUGAACUACGGCCAUGGCACCGGGCACGGGAUAGGAAACUACUUUGGGGUUCAUGAGUGGCCAGUUGGAUUUGGUUCCAACAACGUACCCUUCACAGAAGGCAUGUUCACCUCUAUAGAACCUGGAUAUUACAAGGACGACGACUUCGGCAUCAGGAUUGAAGACAUUGCCGUGACUGUACCCGCCCGCACAAAGUACAACGACCAGACCUACUUGACCUUUGACACUGUCUCCCUGGUACCGUACGACCGGAAACUGAUUGAUACCACCCUCCUCAGUGAGGAACAGAUACGAUGGCUGAACCGCUACUACAACACCAUCCGGGUGCACAUGGGCCCAGAGCUGGACCGGCAGGGGCUGCAGAGGGAGAAGGAGUGGAUGCUUCAGAACACAGAGGCCUUCCAGACGGCCGGUUCCUCCAGAGCCCUUUCGUCCUUGACGCUCAGCGUGGCCGCUCUCAGCGUGGCUCUACUCCAGCACGUCCUCUGAGGAACACCGCCACCGUCCCUCUCUCUCUCUCCCUCUCUCUCUCGACACCGCCAUGACUUCUACACUACUGUCCUAUCCCUCAGUCUCUUAACUCAAUCUUUGUGUGGUCUAUAUCGGAGACUUCUAAAGAGUUCCACCGAAUUGGGGAAACUCCAGAAAAAAAAGCUUAUUGUCGGUAGUGCAGGUGAUGCAAUUUUAGAGCAAGGUGUGUUUUGUGUUUUUACCAGAGAUGACGCUGUUGCUCAGGGUAGAUUCGGAGAGAUUUCUGAAGUGAUAAAGAUGUUUUGCUCGAGUAGGUUCCUCUUUCAGUGAGCCGCUUAGAGAGAGGCACUGGUGUUCUUUUACUUUUAGAAUCAAUCUUGUGUGUGUGUGUGUGUGUGUGUGUGUGUGUGUGUGUGUGUGUGUGUGUGUGUGUGUGUGUGUGUUUGUGUGUGUGUGUGUGUGUGUGUGUGUGUGUGUGUGUGUGUGUGUGUGUGUGUGUGUGUGUGUGUGUGUCGGUUAUUGAGUACAAUAGUUGUAAAGUAAUUGUUUUUAGUUUUUCUAUGAAUAUGAUCGUUGUGAAAUGUCUUGCAUGUUUAAAUUAUAAAUGUAUACCCUCUCAAAGGGGUCUUUUGGAAAUGGAUAUUCUAUUACUAAUAAAUGAAGGCUCUUUAAAUAU